AUGGUAAAAAUUUCGUCAAUCACUUCCAUUUAUGGUUUGUUUGGUUGGAGGAUUCAGAGCUCAUCACUGGCAAUCAGAUUAAGUUUUUGCGUCAAAAAUCGUCAAUACUGCAUUAAAAGCGAAGUUGCUGUGACGAUACCCCGUGCUCUACGACCUUCACCUCGCUUGAUUGCGAAAUCUGAAAACAAUAACAUUUUUUUACGCCUUUUAUUGGAAUUAGAAUUGCUGUAUGGAGUUGCUAAAGCAAGGUUGCCGACGUAUUUCACAGAUAGUGAUUGGGUGAAAUAUAUGCAAAUGACUAGUAUUGUCGAAAGAUGCUGCUACUUGCAUCAGCUUUAUGAAAGCAGAAAAGAAAUUGAAGGAAAACAUGAGAUGAAGAUGCAUCGAGAAAUGGAAACUGCUCAUAAUGGAGGCUUUCCUAUCAGUACUCUUUAUUAUUUCGAAAGAGAAGAUUUCAGAAGGUUUGCUUACCAAGUAUUCGGUUGUCGAUUAUUAGCUGCCUGGCGCUGUAGAGAUUCAUUCCCGCCAUUGCUAGUUGAUUGCCGUUAUCUAGCCGAUUUGAAUCAUUCGACACAAAGAAUUUUAGUAAAGCAGAUGAAAGAUCUGGUACUUGACAACAGCUUGCAGCGAAAUCCGUUUCCAAUCAUUUUUGUAAAUUAUCAUACUACAAUCAACAUCGCUGAAGAGAUUGUGAAUUCAUGGCUUCGGAAGCGUUGCUUGUCAAAAUAUCGCCCAUCCACUGCUAAUGGAAGUGAAGGAAGGGCCGAAAUACUUUCCGACCAGAAAAGUAACGAAAGGACGCAAAAUAGUAUUUCUGCCCCAUUUGUGCCUGUUGUUACAUCAGCCACAGUUCGUGAAUGUCUUGGCUGCACCAAUCCUGAGGAAAUUGCUUAUGUUAACCCGCGAGCUACAGAAUAUUUACCACUUCCACUUUCGAAAUAUAAAGCAUUCGUAUUGUGCACCACUCCCGACAAUAGAUUAUUGAAUUCUGCGUUUCAGGCGGCCAGGAUUGAGCAAUUGAAUUCUUAUAAACUGCCUACGACUAAAUUUUUAAAUCUGGGGCAAACAGCGGUUACGAUGCCUCUACGGAUUACAGCAAACAUAAUUCGGGACGUCUACGCAAAUGACUGCGACUGGAGGGUAGCAUUCGAGAAGCAUAUACCUUACUUCAAUAUCUUGGCCAGUGAUAUGUAUCGAAACCACGGCAGCGACAAAGAUACCCUCCAAGUUAUAGGACAGUGGCUGUCCAAUGCUGAGCGAAGAGGGAAACGAGGACGAAAAUUCUUUCAUGCAUAUAGUCGGGAAGAACGAAGAGAAGCACAGGCAGUGCUUGCAAAUCAGAAUCUGUCGAAAGAGUUGGGUUAA